AUGGCAGCUGUCAAGGAAAAUGGAAGCAUCAGAUGUGCCUCAGAAGAAUUGAGAAAUGAUUUUGAAAUUGUAAAAACUUCUGUGCAACAUAAGGGUCAUUUUCUUUCGUACGCAUCUGAAGAAUUGAAAAGAAACAGGGAAAUUGUAAUGACAGCUGUUAGUACUUGGGGACCAAUUCUUAAAUUUGUAUCUGAAACAUUUAGAAAUGAUAUUGAAAUAGUUAGAACUGCUGUACAAGAAAAUGGUGAUGCCCUAGAGUUUGCGUCCAAAGAAUUGCAAAAUAAUAAGGAAAUUGUCUUACUAGCUCUAGAAUCAAAGCCAAAUGCAUAUUUUCAAUCAUCCCAAUUAUUGAGAAAUGAUAGAGAUGUGAUUUUUAAAGCAUUUUCAAAAUCUCUUGCCAGAAUUAACAGUGCAAGUAGGGCAUUUACGAAUGAUAGAGAGUUUCUGCUCACAAUAUCAAAUUUGGACGGUGUGAAAGCACUAGAAUAUGCGUGUAAGGAAUUGAGAAAUGAUAGAGAGAUUGUUAUGGAAGCUAUUCAACAAAAUCCACAAGCUUUUCAACACGCAUCUGAUGAAUUGAAAAAUGAUAAGGAAUUUGUGAAAAUGCUUGUUAUGAAAAAUUGGUCCUGUUUCCAAUUUGCAUCAACUGAAUUGAGAGAUGACAAGGAAAUUGCUGAGUUGGCACUCAAAUCUUCUGGUUUGGCCAUUACAUAUAUUUCUGAUAGAUUGAGAAAUGACAUUGAAUUCAUCCAAUCAUUUGCAAAGACUGGUUUUGCUUUGGAGAAUAUUCCAGAUCAAUUCACACACGACAGAGAGGUAUUAUUGGAAUCAAUUAAAAUAUCCUCAGGAUGUUUUAAUCUGUACGAAGCAAUGAAUGCAAUCCCAAAUGAAUUUAAACAAGACAGAGAAUUUGUAUUACAAGCUGUAACAAGAUGUGGUGAGAUAUUGUAUUAUGUUGGUGAACAAUUUCAAACAGAUAGAGAAAUAGUUUUGGCUGCAGUCACACAAGAUGGAGAUGCAAUCAAUUCUUGCACAGCAGAGUUUUGGGAUGAUGAACAAAUUGUUCUCAAAGCUGCUGAAACGUCAUGUUGAAUUUUAGUCAGAUAUCUAAAAGAUUGAUUAAUGACAGACUAUUUUGCUUUCAGAAACUAGUCAAACAAUCUGGGAAUUAUUUGCCAAAUUUUCCAAGAAAACAUCAAAUAGAUAGAGAGAUUUUGAUGGAAGCGUUAAAAACUGAUGCUAUUAAUGCAUUCUACAGUGCUGGUAAAUUAAAGGUCUCAGAUAGAGUAUUUGUGAUUCGAGUUGUGAAAAGAGAUGGCAAUCUGUUACGUGAAAUGUGUUUAAAACUCAGAAGUGAUAGAGGAAUAGUUUCAUUUGCAGUCAAACAAAAUAAGAGUGCACUGAAAUAUGCAUCCAUUGAUUUGAGAAAUGAUAAGGAAAUAUUGAAAUUGUGUAAUGAUUUUUAA